AUGGGAAGUCAUUUUGAGCCGGACUACAGAGACAAAUCUGCUGACAAGUGGAACUGGAUCAGCCCUGAUGUGCCCAGCAGAUGUACCUGGAGCCUGGAUGCACUCAUUUCAGAGUCUCCACACAGCCUCCAAGCACGCAUGGAGCCCCCCAGCAUCCUCCCCAACAUCCUUGGAAAAAUUGGAGACACACCUCUGGUUCGUUUGAACAGAAUCCCUAAAGAGUUUGGACUCAAGUGUGAUAUUUUAGCCAAGUGCGAGUUCUUCAAUGCAGGCGGCAGCGUGAAAGAUAGGAUCGCCGUGCGGAUGGUGGAAGACGCUGAGCGAGCCGGGAUCCUCAAACCAGGAGAUACAAUCAUCGAGCCCACCUCUGGCAACACAGGUCUCGGCCUCGCCCUCACAGCUGCAGUGAAAGGCUACCGAUGCAUCAUAACCAUGCCUGAGAGGAUGAGCAUGGAGAAGGAGGAUGUGCUGAGAGCUCUCGGGGCAGAAGUAGUGCGCACACCUUCUGCUGCUGCCUUCGACUCCCCAGAGUCUCACAUAAUCAUGGCGUGGCGUCUGAAGAGCCAGAUACCCAACUCACACAUCCUGGACCAAUAUCGUAAUGCCAGCAAUCCUCUGGCUCACUACGACACCACAGCUGAAGAGAUACUGGAGCAGUGUGGUGGGAAAUUGGACAUGUUGGUGGCAGGAGUUGGCACAGGCGGGACACUAACUGGUGUUGCUCGGAAGUUGAAGGAGAGGUGCCCCAAUGUCAAGAUAGUUGCUGUGGUUCCGGAGGGCUCCAUUCUGAUUGGAUCAAAUGAAAAUAAGACUUCCUAUGAAGUGGAAGGCAUUGGAUACGACUUUAUCCCAACAGUGUUGGACAGAUCUCUUGUUGACAUGUGGUAUAAAUCGACUGAUAUGGAGACGUUUACCAUGUGUCGCAAGCUGAUCAGAGAAGAGGGCCUUCUUUGUGGUGGCAGCUCUGGCUCGGCCAUGGCAGCAGCAGUGAAGAUGGCUCAGCAGCUGGAGGAGGGACAGCGCUGCGUGGUCAUCCUGGCAGACUCUGUCCGCAACUACAUGUCAAAGUUCCUGAAUGACAAUUGGAUGUGUGAAAAGGGCUUCCUCAGCCCCGAGGAGCCAAUGGACCUCAAACCCUGGUGGUGGAACAUGACGGUCCAGUGUCUGAAGCUGUCUGCCACCUUCACUGUGUUACCGUCUGUAUCCUGCCAGAAAACCAUCGAGAUCCUGAAGGAGAAAGCCUUCGACCAGGCCCCAGUCGUCGAUAAGUCAGGUGUGAUCCAGGGGAUGGUGACUCUGGGAACAAUUUUGUCCUCUGUGACGGCUGGAGAGGUCAAACUCUCAGACGCUGUCAGCAAGGUGCUCUGCAAGCAUUACAAACAGCUGCACCUGACAGAUAACCUGGGCAAGCUGUCCCACAUUCUCAAAACCAACCCCUUCGCCCUGGUGGUGAAUGAUGCGGCUCAGAAUGGGGCUGAUGGGUCAACUUGUCAGAGGCAGAUGGUGGUUAGUGUUGUGACACCUAUUGACCUCCUAAACCACAUCACCACACACAAGAUGCUGGAUCUCUCGUCCUCUGAAUGCUCGCUGUCAGACACACCGUCUCUGUGA